UGUUCUCGCGAUAGGGAUCCAAGGGAGGAAAGGGCAGGGAAAGGGCGUGUUGAUUGGGCUCUGGGCUCCCGAGGAAGAGACAGUUGGCGACGAGGUUUUGUUGUUGUUGUUGAUGGUGGCCAUGAGAACGCGUCCUGCUUUUCGACCAAGCGUGAAUAGGGGGCGGUUGUUGGCAGUGCUUCAGCUCGAGCCCUGCAAGACGGUGCGGUUGAGGUGGUCUUUCUACCUGCCAGCCCACGAGGGCAUCGGUCCAGCGGGGAUGUGAUUGGUACGUAUUGGCAUGGCGGAAAGGCUUCGCGCUGCUCCUGGCGUCGCCGAAGGACAGAUAUGGGGCGGUCGCGAUGCUCGAGACACGAUGGAUGAUGUCGAGACGGCAACGCUUUGUGUGCGGCGGCGCGGCGCAUGGCAUAAAGGGCAAUUUGCGCGGUGCAUGGUUUUGAAACAGCUACGCCGGCACCCCUGCCGGUCCCAAAGGGGAGAGGUGUGCAGAUGGUGCCGCCGCGCGCAGUGGCUGCCCUGCGACGAGAAGCAGCAGCAGCAGCCGCCCAGCGCUGUCGUCCCGGCGCCCAAGGACGCGGUUUGCAAGUGCGCAAUCGCUCGAGACUGCUGGGAGGGCCCGGCUGCAGCGCGGCGAGCGAGCAUUAUUAUCUCCUGUGCGCGUUGUUGUGCCUCGAGCGUCUGUAAUGCCGACCUGUGUUUCCCCUUUUGCUGCCACAAUCUCGCUAGGAAGGCACCUCAGCCGCUCCUGCCCUCGGUGCUCCCUCUCCACUCACGUCAAGACCUCCAGGCCAGUCCAAUCCACCGUCCGCGCGACCUUCGAGUCGACGGCAACCGUUGAGCUAGGCGGCCGCCCCAGAGCAGGUCAGACAGCACACCGCCGCCGCCUGAAGCCCGGCACGCUCGCUAUCAUCCGCCGCCGCAGCGCGCAUGUGAAGGGCUCACCAGGGCAACCACCACCACCACCGCGCCCAUCGUCAUCCAGCUGUCGCCGCUCCGUCGCAAUUGCAUCAUCGCCCCAGCUCGCCGCUGAG